CACACACCCACCCAUCCUCCCCUCCCCUCCCGCACUUGUUCCCCAGGUUAGACGAUGCCUGGUCGGUGCUCACAGUGGCUGCUGUUGGCUGCUCUCCUGUGCGGAGUCGGGCAGUUUGCGCUGAGUCGGGAUUACACCGAGAACGACGUGGGAGAACCUGAGAUCGACUACAGAGACCCCUGCAAAGCGGUUGCGUUCUGGGGAGAUAUCGCUUUAGACGAAGAGGAUCUGAAACUGUUCCACGUAUAUCGGACCAUUGAUUUACACAAGCACACAAUCAACUACACAGGCCACAACACAGGAGGGACGGGGGAGUCACUGAGAGCAUACCAGAACGUCACAGCAAAACAACCUGACAAGAAAACAAGGAAGGGUAACGGCAGACAUGGCCAGCGCAAGAGCAAGCGGAGAGAGCAGCGAACGAGAACCCCAGCCCCUCGGGGCCGGAGAGCAGCCACCUCCCGGCCGGAGAGGGUCUGGCCCGGGGGCGUCAUCCCUUACGUGAUCGGGGGCAACUUCACAGGUACCCAGCGAGCUAUAUUUAAGCAGGCCAUGAGGCAUUGGGAGAAACACACGUGUGUGACCUUCGUGGAGCGGAGCGAUGAGGAGAGUUUUAUCGUCUUCACAUACAGACCGUGUGGGUGCUGCUCCUACGUGGGCCGGCGGGGGGGAGGGCCUCAGGCCAUCUCCAUCGGCAAAAACUGUGACAAGUUUGGCAUCGUGGUUCACGAGCUGGGUCACGUGGUGGGCUUCUGGCACGAGCACACCCGGCCCGACCGGGACGCACAUGUCACCAUCAUCAGGGAAAACAUCCAGCCAGGGCAGGAGUAUAACUUCCUGAAGAUGGAGCCAGCCGAGGUGAACUCCCUGGGGGAGGGCUACGACUUUGACUCCAUCAUGCACUACGCCAGGAACACCUUCUCAAGGGGGGUUUUCCUGGACACCAUCCUGCCACGACGUGACGACGCUGGGGUCCGCCCGGCUAUCGGGCAGCGAGUCAGACUGAGCCAGGGCGACAUCACUCAGGCCAAGAAACUGUACCGAUGCCCAGCCUGCGGCGGCAGUCUGCAGGACUCGGUUGGGAACUUUUCCACUCCGGACUUCCCCAGCGGCUACGUGUCUUUCCUGCAGUGCGUUUGGCGGAUUUCGGUCACGCCAGGAGAGAAGAUCACCCUGAACUUCACCACGAUGGACCUGUUUAAGAGCCGCCUGUGCUGGUACGACUACUUGGAGGUGCGAGACGGCUACUGGAAAAAGGCUCCGCUUCUGGGCAGGUUUUGUGGGAACAAGCUCCCAGACGCCAUCAUCUCCACGGACAGUCGGCUGUGGAUAGAAUUCCGCAGCGGCAGCAACUGGGCAGGAAAAGGCUUCUCUGCGGUGUACGAAGCUAUCUGUGGUGGGGACAUUAACAAGGACACAGGGCAGAUUCAGUCCCCCAACUACCCCGAUGAUUACCGUCCGUCCAAGGAGUGUGUGUGGAAGGUCACAGUCACUGCCGGCUUCCACGUGGGCCUCACAUUCCAGGCCUUUGAGAUCGAGCGGCAUGACAGCUGUGCCUACGACUUCCUGGAGAUCCGGGAUGGGACGGGGCCAGACAGCCCCCUGAUUGGUCGUUUCUGUGGUUACGAGAAGCCGGACGACAUCAAAUCCAGCUCCAACCACCUGUGGCUCCGCUUCAUGUCAGACGGCUCCAUCAACAAGGCCGGCUUCGCUGCCAAUUACUUCAAAGAGGUGGAUGAAUGCUCCAGGCCGGAUAAUGGAGGCUGCCGCCAGCGAUGUGUGAACACUCUGGGCAGCUACAAGUGUGCCUGUGACCCCGGGUACGAACUGGCUCCCGACAAGAAAAGCUGUGAAGCUGCGUGUGGCGGCUUCCUGACCAAGCUGAACGGCAGCGUCACCAGCCCGGGCUGGCCGAAGGAAUACCCAACCAACAAGAACUGUGUGUGGCAAGUGGUCGCCCCGACGCAGUACAGGAUUUCACUGCAGUUUGAGGUCUUCGAGCUGGAGGGAAAUGAUGUCUGUAAGUACGACUAUGUGGAGGUUCGCAGUGGGCUGGCGACUGACUCGAAACUCCAUGGUAGGUUCUGUGGACUGGAGAAACCCGAUGUGAUCACCUCCCAGUUUAACAACAUGAGGAUUGAGUUCAAAUCAGACAACACCGUCUCCAAAAAGGGCUUCAAAGCCCAGUUCUUCUCAGAUAAGGACGAGUGCUCCAAAGACAAUGGUGGCUGUCAGCACGAAUGUCUGAACACGUUUGGGAGCUAUGUUUGCCAGUGUCGUAAUGGCUUUGUCCUGCAUGAAAACGGUCACGACUGUAAAGAAGCUGGGUGUGAGCACAGAAUACACAGCGUUGAGGGCAUUAUCACCAGCCCCAACUGGCCGGACAAGUAUCCCAGCCGCAAGGAGUGUACCUGGGCUAUCUCUGCCACCCCAGGGCACCGCGUCAAACUGGCGUUCAGUGUGUUUGAGGUAGAGCAGCACCAGGAGUGCGUGUAUGACCACGUGGAGGUGCGGGAUGGCCUUGGGCAGGAGGCCGCCAUCUUGGGCAGGUUCUGCGGCAGCAAAAUUCCAGAGCCCCUGGUUACCACCGGCAACCGCAUGUUCAUCAGCUUCUUCUCUGAUGCCUCCGUCCAACGCAAAGGAUUCCAGGCCAAACAUAGCACAGAGUGCGGGGGACGUCUGCGAGCCGAGGUGAGGACCAAGAAUCUUUACUCUCACUCCCAGUUUGGGGACAAUAACUAUCCUGGCCAGGAGGCCUGUGACUGGGUGAUCGGGGCCGAGGACGGCUAUGGGGUGGAGCUGAUAUUCCAGACCUUCGAGUUGGAGGAGGAGGCUGACUGCGGCUACGAUUACAUGGAGCUGUACGACGGCAGCGACAGCUCAGCACCACGUCUCGGCCGCUUCUGUGGCUCUGGGCCUCCGGAGGAGAUCUAUUCCGCGGGAGACUGUAUCGUGAUCCGCUUUCACUCGGACGAUACCAUCAAUAAGAAAGGUUUCCACGCUCGCUACACAAGCACCAAGUUUCAGGACGAACUGCACAUGAGGAAAUAACCGAGGGGAGGACAGAGCCUUUAAACCCAACAGACAAAGUCCUUUUUAUUCUCGAUUUAUUUUCCUCGUUUUUUUAAUUGAACACAAUUGUGGACCAGAAAAUAAAUAAAUCUUUCUACAUUUCA